UUCCACACACACAAACACACUCUUGUAUACUCCGCCCCCAUCCAUCAUAAAAAUUUCUUGUUUCUUUCUCCCAUCGAUUCAUUCAUUCAUUCAUUCAUCCGCCCUCUUCCCCCCUCUCAAUCUCUAUUUAUCUUCUGCCUUUUUUCUCCCUCUCUCUCUCGAUCUACCCUAGAUUCGGUGAUUUUCCGGCGAUAAUUCUACACCCAUUUGCUUAUUUCCCAUUGCUACGCCAAAAUGGCUUGUUCGGCGACGCCCAAAAUCGUCCAUGGCCCUCUGCCCACGAACUCGCUCAGAUCUGCCGAAAAGUCUGAUUCUUCCUGCAAAUUCAUGGGCCCCUCCUCGUUUUUCGGUUCCAAAUCUCUCAAUAAGAAGCUUUUUUCUGUUAACAAGGCUGUUUCCUCCGUCGGCCACCGAUCCGCCGCCGUCGUUGCUGUCUCAUCGGAUGUCGUCAAGGAGAAGAAGCUCAAGUCCAGCUCUUCUCUCUCCAAUCUGUUGAUAACGAGAGAAGAGGGACUGGUACUGUACGAGGACAUGAUCUUGGGCAGGGCAUUCGAGGACAUGUGCGCCCAAAUGUACUACCGAGGCAAAAUGUUCGGAUUCGUCCAUCUCUACAAUGGCCAAGAAGCCGUCUCCACGGGAUUCAUAAAGCUCCUCAAGAAAGAAGACUGCGUGGUCAGCACAUACCGUGACCACGUCCACGCACUCAGCAAAGGCGUACCCGCCCGCCAGGUCAUGAGCGAGCUCUUCGGCAAAACCACAGGCUGCUGCAGAGGCCAAGGUGGGUCCAUGCACAUGUUCUCCAAAGAGCACAACGUCUUGGGUGGGUUCGCUUUCAUAGGCGAAGGAAUCCCAGUUGCAACUGGAGCAGCCUUUACGAGCAAGUACAAGAGGGAGGUCUUUAAAGAGGAUUGUGAUGAGGUGACUUUGGCGUUUUUCGGAGAUGGGACUUGUAAUAACGGGCAGUUCUUCGAGUGCUUGAACAUGGCUGCGCUUUGGAAGCUUCCGAUUGUGUUUGUUGUGGAGAAUAACUUGUGGGCAAUUGGGAUGUCGCAUCUGAGGUCCACGUCGGAUCCGGAGAUUUGGAAGAAGGGUCCCGCGUUUGGGAUGCCGGGUGUGCAUGUUGACGGUAUGGAUGUGUUGAAGGUGAGGGAGGUGGCGAAGGAGGCGGUUGGUAGGGCUAGGAGAGGCGAGGGCCCCACUCUGGUUGAGUGCGAGACUUAUAGGUUCAGAGGGCACUCUUUGGCUGACCCUGAUGAGCUUCGUGACCCUGCUGAGAAGGCUCAUUACGCGACGAGAGAUCCAAUCGCUGCACUAAAGAAAUACAUAUUGGAAAACAAUUUGGCAAGUGAAGCAGAUUUAAAGGCCAUAGAGAAGAAGAUAGAUGAGGAACUCGAAGAAGCUGUUGAGUUUGCAGAGGAAAGUCCAGUGCCAGCUCGUAGUCAAUUGCUCGAGAAUGUAUUUGCUGAUCCAAAGGGAUUUGGUAUCGGCCCAGAUGGGAGGUACAGAUGUGAGGACCCUAAAUUUACUGAAGGUACUGCUCAGGUCUAAGCUCGAUUUACCCGCCACCUGGACAAGGAUAGUUUCCUUUUUUUUUUUUCUUUUUUUUUUUUUCAGUUAAAGAUGUGUGUCUGCUGUCAUUUUGAUGUUUUAGUUUUUAUUCUUGAAUUGUCUUUCUUUUUUUUUUUCUUUUUUAAUUAUUAUUGUUGUUCGUCUUUGUUGAGGUACUCUUUGUUGAGGUACUGUUGAUGUAGCAAUCUUGAUUGGUUGUUGCUUGUAUGUUUCGUAUUAGAAUGUACUUCUCUUUCAGCAAUGCGUUUGUUUUCGUUUA